AUGGCACUGGCCAUUCUUAUCAUGAGACACUAUAAUGAUGAAGACCCUGAGAAAGAAAAACGAAUAAAGGAAUUAGAAUUGCUACUAAUGUCGACUGAGAAUGAACUGAAAGGGCAGCAGGCAUUACCAACUCAGAAUCACACUUCAGAUUAUCCAGGAUGGCACAGCACCACGAUUGCAGACAAUACCAGAACCAGCGGUAAUGGUGCAGCCAUUUCCUCUUUGGGGGAGCAUCACUGCACUGCAUCCCCACCCAUGGACCAUGGCUGCUUGCCUGAAGAAAGUGCAUCCCCUGCAAGGUGCAUGAUUGUUCACCAAAGUAACUUCCUGGAUAAUGUUAAGAAUCUCUUAGAAUUUGCAGAAACACUUCAGCUAAUAGAUUCCGAUCUGUCGUCAUGGGGUGAUCUCAGCAGUUUUGAAUUCUCAGAAACAUCAAAUGCUUCACCUACACAGGUUCCCUCAGACAGAACCCCACAGCUUCAGAAAACAGACAGCAGUGUGUGUAGGCCUGAAGGACACCCUCUUGCAGACUUGAGCAAAGCCAUGUUGAGUCAGGAUUCCUUUGCCUUACCAAAGUCCUUGACUGGCUCCAAAUGUGGCCCAGCUCCAUUGGUCAUUCUGCGUGCAAAGAGAAGCCAUUCCAUGAACCAUUUAGCCAAUGGUCAUAAUAAGUCCUUCAUUCUUGCUGAAGUCAGCAGCUCAACUCCUAAGCAUUCCCCUGUCAAAAGCCUGCCUUUCUCUCCUUCCCAGUUCUUCAGCACUUCUUCUAUCCAAGAAAGUCUGGAUCUGGACAAUCCCAUUUUAAGUUCCACUCCACUGUGUAAUCACAAAGUCGGUACAACACCUCUUCAAAAAGACCAAGGAUUUAAGAGCCAGAAAGAAAAUAAUUCUUUCAGAACUCCAGCUAUCAAAAGAUCAAUAUUAGAGAGUUCUCCUCGAACGCCAACUCCAUUUAAAAAUGCAAUUGCAGCUCAAGAAUUAAAAUACGGACCCUUAAAAAUGCUGCCUCAAACACCAACUCACCUGGUGGAUGACCUGCAAGACGUCAUCAAACAGGAGUCUGAUGAAUCUGGUAUUGUAUCCAGCCUAUGUGAAAAUGGUUCCCCUUUGCUGAAGAAAAUAAAACAAGAGGUGGAUUCUCCAGCAGGGAAAGCAGAAAACUUCCUUUGCUCAAAUAGUUGGGAAGGGGAAGGGCUAAACGCACAGCUUUUCCCAUAUGCAUCAUCAGCAGAAGACGUUCCUAAUCUGCUGACCAGUUCACAUUUAAAGAUGCCUACACCAGAAGAAGAAGACAACAAUCAUAAAUUAUUCACAUUUCAUAGAUCUAGAUCAUCAAGUAGCCCACUUCAGGCAUAA